CUCAGGAUAGCCUAAAUACCUCGGGAGCUACUAAUUAACCUUAAGAAGCUACCUAUACACCCUUCAGCUCUGCGUAGAUUCUGGAGCUUGUAUUCACUACUACCUCAGAGCUUGCUUAUCCGACAGGCUUGUACAUUGCGCCCACCCUCACUGUUGACUUACUAUACUCACUUGAAGCGUGGUCGCGCGUUGAUACCUGAAUCGUUCCACUGCGCAAGCUUCGCUUGUACCGAGGCCCAUCGGCUUAGGAGGACUCACGGCGCGGUAUCGCGAGACUUUGACAGAGUCGAGCAUAUCAGCACUCCCUCACCAACGCCGACUUACCAUCGCCUCCAAAAGCAUAUGCCACUCCUAUAACGUCAUGGAUCUUCAGAAUGGCUCCAAAGGAGUGAAAAGAAGGAGGCGGCGAAGGCUUGAUCGGCCUGCCAUAUCUGCUCAUCUGCUCCUAGAUGACCGUGCGAAGGGCGAGAUUGGUACCCUCUCAGAGGAUCUGUUUUCUGAUCUCUUCCCAGGCUAUGAGCCGCUUGCUGGGCGAGUACACUAUGUCGCCAUUUGUCCAUGGCUUCCACAGCCUCUCAGCUCUCCGAACGAAGCAGCUUGGACAAUUCUUCCUGUAAAGCAGUCCGAAAAGUCAAGCUCGCAAGACGUAAAGCCUCACUCCACAGUUCAGUUCCCAGCUAGCUCGUUUGCUCUGCAAGCAUUCAUACACAAUCUCAGCUCCCAAUCCCCGCAUAGAACCGUUAAGAGAGAUGCCCCAAUUGAAAUACGAAUACUAGAUGUCGUACCUUUGGGCCUAGAUACAAUAUAUGUCAGUUUAGAUACUGAUGCGCUGUGCAGGCUGGACGAUGUGCACGCAAAGUUUGGAGGUGGCUUUGGCACAUCGCGGCCGAAUGGAGCCAUCAGCGGGCCUCGCCAGAAGCAUUUAAGCAAUGAGAAGGGCCCAAGGAAGAGGUCACUAGAGGAAGUCUCACAGCAAGAGAAAAAUUGGAAAAUAGCUGUUCGAGAAGCUCUCCAGAUCCCGAGGGUUGUUCAUACAGGAAUCCUUCUCCCUCUGCCGUUACCAGCCCAUCCAAUCACACACGUCCCGCCGCCACCCGCAAAGAUUACCGCCUGUGAGCCAGUUUCCCAAGGCCUCAUACUUCCUUCGACAAAGAUAGUAGUCUUGCAGUCCCAUGGGUCUUCGAGAUCUAGAGCGCUUGUUCCGACCAGUCCAGUUUUGAAUGGUCCAGUCGAAGAAGAUGAGGACACAUCUAAUGAACAGUUCUACUCUGCCGUCGAAGAGCGUGGCUCUUCCAAUGGAUCAUCGCCUCCCGACGAAGCUGCCUCCUCGACAGAUCAAUUUGACUCUGAAAUGUCUGGUACCGAUGCAGGUGAUCUCUCGGACGAUCCCGAAGACAUGAUAUCUCUAAGUGCGCCUACACUACCACCGCAAUCCUCAGGAGUUCUCUCUGCCUUCACGUCGGCCACACCUAGACCCUUCGGUCUGCAUACGACCGGCAUACAGAGUCCAGGAUCGGUCUUUUCUAGCUUUACCGCAACUACUGCUCGAGGGCCAAGCGCAAAUGGGAAAGUGUUCAAGACGCAAGGUCUAUUGGAACGAAUUCCAGACGAGUCUUUGCAUCCCAAGCCUGGUACUGAAGACGACGAAGAAGCUCGAGUUUUUGUAGAUACCAACACCUUGGUCCGUCUUGGCUGUUUCUCAGGUGAUUGGGUUAAACUCGAAGUUAGUGCUGAGCCUCAAAGCUUCAGCCUUGGGUCUUGGGGUCUAGGCUCAUUUGGUAACGACGAAGAUGAAGAAGAAGAUACACUCUGGAGAGUCGCCAGAAUCUACGGCUUGCCAGAUAUACUUGCGAAGAAGACUCAGCGAUACAAUCUUAAAGAGGCCGCGGAUCGUCGUUCAAGUAUCAUCAACUUUCUACAACCAACCAGCCCUUCUCCCGUAUAUCUUCCUCCUACGCUCCUGACGAAUCUCGGCGAGCCUAGCCAUCUAAAAAUUGCGUCGUUAGCGCUCAAUCAGCAACAGCAUGGCUUUGCUCGUGCCUCGGUGCAAAAACCGCGCCUGGGAACAUCAACAUUGCCACCAUUUGCAAAGGAGGUCACGCUUCUGAAGCUGUUUACACCCUUGUCGAGUGAGAGACAGCUUCAACCAAGUCUCUUUGCGGCUCUGAAGCACCACUUCGAGCAAAAGCGCCGCUUGAUCAAAAGCGGGGAUCUAAUUGGGAUCGCUAUUGAUGAGAAUCUAGGAAAAGCUAUAUUUCAGGGUAACAACCCUGAGGAUGAUGUAGAGAAUGAGGAACUUCUUUCCAGACCGAAGGCAGAUACGAUAUUGUCGGCUGACCCGGGUACGUGGUGCUCUAAGUCGGUCGCAUGGUUCAAAGUUGGCGCUAUAUCCAGAUAUCAAUCAGAGUCUGUCGACAAUCAAGACGAAAACUGGGGUGGAGUCUUCUCGGUGGAUUCAGCCAGCACGAAAAUGAUUCAAGCCGGAACCGAACAGGGUAAAGUACCCUCUACAUUGACCGUACCAUGGCAGUACUAUUUCGGUGUAAGAAGACUGCCUGCAUCGCAAGGCGGACCCAAGAAUAAGGGUAGAGAAUUGAAGGAUGCACCAAAGUCAUAUGUCUCAAAUCUACAGCGCCGAUUACGGGAGCUUAUUUCUGCUGCGACGAGCUCGAGGGCUAUUCAUCUAGGACUGCCACCGAUCGCAAUUUUGAUUACAUCAACUCAACGGCAUAUCGGCAAAGCUACAGUUGUCUCUCAAGCCUGUGACGACCUUGGACUGCACACAUUUGCAAUCGAUGCAUUUGAUAUCUUGACGGAAGGUGGGGCUGGAGGAGGUGGUGAUUACAAGACGGACACAUUCCUCAAAACCCGUGCAGAACGGGGGCUCGCUUGCGGAGCGGAAUACACAGCCUUACUAAUAAAGCAUGUCGAAGCCUUGAACGCCGAUCGGAUGGUGUCAUCGUUGAAGGAGAUACUGAACGAAUCACGAGUGCUGGUUGCAACAACGACCGAAGUCGACAAAGUACCAGACGGUAUCCGGAGCAUUUUCACACAUGAGCUGGAGAUGACUGCGCCGGACGAGAAUGAACGAGAGGGUAUUCUGCGGAACAUAGUCAUGAAUUCUGGUGUCCCGCUGUCCCCCGAAGUCGAACUCUCGACGAUCGCUAUGAAGACUGCUGCCUUGGUCGCUGGAGAUCUUGUCGACGUCGUCGACCGUGCGAUUGUCGCGAAACAAAACAGAAUCGAGGAUCUGGCACGAACAGCAUCGACGGCCCUUCCUCCAAAUUCUCAGACUGUGCUUCCUCGUGACAUUGAGCUUUCCGGUGGCAUUGCGAGUGUAUCCCUUACUGCUGCAGACUUUGUGAAAGCAGUGGAUGCCGCUCGUAAGAAUUUUGCAGACGCGAUUGGUGCUCCGAAAAUUCCCAAUGUGGGCUGGUCUGAUGUUGGCGGUCUGACCCAUGUGAAGGACGCUCUUAUGGAGACGAUACAGCUACCCCUAGCGCGACCGGAACUAUUUGCAAAAGGAAUGAAGAAGAGAAGUGGCAUUCUCUUUUAUGGCCCUCCAGGUACCGGCAAGACACUCCUCGCUAAAGCUAUCGCAACCGAGUUUAGUCUCAAUUUCUUCUCUGUUAAAGGCCCGGAGCUGUUGAACAUGUACAUUGGUGAGUCUGAGGCCAAUGUUCGGAGAGUGUUCCAGCGUGCGCGAGACGCCAGGCCUUGCGUCGUAUUCUUUGACGAGCUCGACUCUGUUGCACCCAAACGAGGUAAUCAAGGCGACAGUGGCGGUGUCAUGGAUCGCAUUGUCAGCCAGCUUCUCGCAGAGUUGGAUGGCAUGAGCAAUGGAGAAGAAGGCGGCGGUGGCGUCUUCGUCAUUGGCGCAACCAACAGGCCUGAUUUGCUUGACCAGGCACUGCUGCGGCCAGGUCGAUUCGAUAAAAUGCUUUACCUGGGCGUCUCUGAUGACCAUGACAAACAGCUCACAAUUCUGGAAGCACUCACGAGAAAGUUCACACUGUCUCCGCAAUUAUCGCUUCGGAAUAUUGCCAACACUCUCCCGUUUACCUACACAGGAGCGGAUCUGUACGCACUAUGCUCCGAUGCAAUGCUCAAAGCGAUCACUCGUCGCGCGCUCUCGGUUGAUGCCAAGGUGAAGGCCCAUAACUCAAAGUUAGCGCCAGGUGCAUUACCCAUUUCAGUCGCUUACUUCUUCGAUCAUCUCGCCACGGCCGAAGAUACGGAAGUAAUGGUAGAAGAAGUCGAUUUCAUGGACGCGCAAAGGGAACUAGUACCCAGUGUCAGUCAAGAGGAACUUAACCACUAUGACCGUGUCCGAAAGACUUUCGAGGGUGCAGCAACGAAGAAAGACGAAGGCUCGAAUCUCCGUUUACGCGAAGCUGGAAACCCUGAUGAUGAUACAGCUAAACAGAUGACCCCAGAGCAAGCAGCCGAGCAGCAGGCGCUUUCAAGGAUAAUGGGCCAUAUUGAUGGCCUCGUAGACACAGGCAAAGACGCUGGACUCUGGAAGGUGGACAAGAGUAAAAUCAGAGGCAAAGGCCCGGUCAUGAAUCACACUGUAUCUGACGGGAAACGCCUUCCUUCUCAAGGAAGCGACAAGAGUGCGAAGCCGCAAUUCGAUUCCACAGACGACGAGGAUGAGUACAUCAUUCGCACAGAUCAUCUCAAGCGGAAUGGUUCUAUCAGAGGUAAGGGGAAAGGAAAGGGAAAGAUCCCCGAUGCAGAGGCCUCCGGUGAUGGUGGUGAUGAUGAAGGGCUGUACGAUGACUGAUUGAUGCCAUGAUGGGGACUGUAACAUAUUUGUAUGGAGGUAACAUUUCAAAUGCCACGUUGCAUAGCGAGGAGCAGAUGUCGAAUGGCAGACUCUACGGCCGUGUACCAAUUAUCGCAUCUAUCAGGAGUUCCCUGACCGACGAUGUGGGAGAUGGGUGUCCGUGCAGCAAUCAGCAUACAUUCAAGAACAAGCUGAAUCAUAAUGAUACUGCAUAUAUGGAUGAAGCGCCAAGACUGGGCGACCCUGGCAUUGAAAGAAGCGUAGAAGUAUACUAUGCAUAUCCGUCACUUACACUAGAACCUAACUGUUAAUCUUGGCACUCGUAUACGCGUGCCCUCUUCUCCCCAUGUUUAGUAACUUAAGCUUUUUAUACCCUUGUACUUAUAAGUAUAUAGGAAUUUAAUGGCU